AUGAAGCCAAGAGGAGUUGUGGAUACAAGAUAUGAUCUGGAAGUUGCUUACCAAGAGGAGCAAUCACAUGUUAGUGCAAGUAUAGAGGAUGACCCAAUUGAUUGCUUAAGAGAUGACCAAGUUGAUGGUGAAGAGGUUGAUGGAAGUAGUUAUCAACCCGUUGUCAAUGAAGAUGGACAUGAUUUAAUUGACGGGGAAGAUGAUGGGCAGCAGGUGAAGAAGAGGAGGCUGGAAGUGAAGAAGAGGAGGAAGAAGAGGAGGCUGGAAGUGAAGAAGAGGAUAUUUUUGAUAGUGAUGAUUCACAAGAUCAGCUCCAAACCAAAGAAGAGGACGAAGAGGAAGAUGAGGACGAUUGAGAAUAUUAGUUUGUCAAUUUGUUUUAUGUCAGGUAUAGGAUCUAAAAGAGAUGAACAAUCUAAUGGUAAAGGAGGAAAAUCAAGAAGAAAAAAAAAGCCACGUGCAGUAGAGCGACAGGCAGUUCAAUUGCCCGCCAUAAUCCCAUCACGAACCCUCCCAUCUCAUACUGGUCCAUCUCAUGUCAAUGAGUCUUCCUUGCGUCCACCUGGUGUUGAAGUCAACCAUUCCCAGCCUCAAAACACUAAUUUUGUACCACCGAAAAUCCCAUCAGGACCCCUCCUAUCUCAUACUGCUCCACUUCAUGUCAAUCAGUCUUUCUUGCAUCAAUCUAGUGUUGAAGCCAACCAUUCCCAGCCUCAUAACAAUGAUUUUGUGCCUCCCAUAAUCCCAUCACGACUCCUCUAUUCUCAUACUGAUCCACUUCAUAUAAAUAAGCAUGCUUCGCCUCAACCUAGUCUUAACAAUCGAUCUCAGCCUCAUAACAUUGAAUCUCAACCACAACCUAAUCAAUCCCAGCCUAUAAAUCAAGAAACGGAACCGUUGAUGUCACCAUCAACCAAUGUGACUCCAGCCACCUCGUUUAGUACGGUUGGAAAUGGAGAUGAUGAUCAACGAAUAUGGAUUGUACCUGAAGCGGCUAGGUUUCAUCCUCACAAGCAAGUAAUUCAAGGUAUUACUGAUUGCAUUUGUAGUAAAUUUGAGUUGGCUAGACCUUCUUGGAAGAAGUUCCCAGAAUCUACUCAUAAUAUGUGGUUUGAGGAAUUCAAGAAGAAAUUUAGAUGGCUCCCUCACUAUAAUCAUGCUAUACGGCGCAAUUUUGAGAAAAGGGCAGUUGCAAGGAUGAGCCAACUUUUUCAAGAUGUUAGAAAGAACUUGACUGUGAAGCCACAUUGGAUGGGGGAUGCUGUAUUCAAGGAGAUGAAGGAGCAUUGGGAGUCUCCUGAGUUCAAGGAAAAGUCCGAACAAAACAAAAAGAAUCGUGAUUCAAAUGCUGGUGCAUCACUUCAUACAGGUGGUUGUAUACCUCAUCGAGUGAUCUUUAAGAGAAUGAAAGAAGCUACUGGAAAAGAUCCUUCAAUUUCAGAUUUUUAUUUUCGCACUCAUCGCAAGAAAAGUGAUAGCAGUUGGGUAAAUGAGAAAGCUGAAGCUACUUAUCGUGAAAAAACAUCUAAAUCCUUUUCUUCCCCGAUUAAAAAUGCAGCAGCUGGACACAUAGCUCAUUGUGCCUUUUACAUUAUGAGUUUGGAUUUGAUAAGUGAGAAACUUGGGAGUCCAUCAGCUUUAGAGGAUAAGUAG